UACGAUAUUGAUAACGUUCAAAAUACUAUUUUAUUGCAAGCGUACUAUAAAUGAUAUUAAUUACAUACAUCGCCAACACAUUUAUGUUUAUUUUGUUCUUGUUUAAGUGACACAUUUACUUAGUCUACAUGUCUGGUUUCCCGUCGUCGUAUUCACCAAAAUCGUCGCCUCGAGGAGCCAGGUCUCCCGUCGUAUCCAGACAGGAUUCCACAGGCACCCUCAAGACGACCAUCUCUUUGGGCAAGAAUCCGUCGAUUGUACACAGUGGACCGUUUUAUCUUAUGAAAGAACCGCCAUGUAAGUUUUUUCACUGAGGGCAUAAUACACUAUUACACUACCCGAUUAUUAUGCUGUUAACAUGUAACUAAUAGCACAGUGUUUAUAAGUGAUACACUAGUUUUAAUGUGGAUUUAUGUUUAUUUUACGCCACGAUUAUGAAAUAAUUUGCAUUAAUUAAUUCUUAUAGUAUCCUGAAUAUGCAUAAAACAAAUAUAUAUAUCCUCGAGGUGAAAACUAAUAUAUAUAUUUUAAUUUUUUUAUAGGUGAAAGUGAAUUAACUGGGUCUGUUAACUUGAUGGCAUAUUAUGGACUAGAACACACGUAUAGUAAAUUUAGUGGUAAAAGACUCAAGGAGAGCUUAUCAUCAUUUUUACCCAAUCUACCUGGUAUAAUUGAUACCCCAGGACAUAAUGACCAAAGGUAAUUAAAAAUAUUAACGGAUAAGUAAAGUUAUUAGUAUUGGACUUAAAAAACUAUAAUUAUUAACUAAUUUUUUUUUUUUGAGAUAUUGGUAUUUAACUAUCUUACUGUCAAUAUUAAUGACAAAUUUAGCAUAAUAUGUGUUUAAGAUUUAUGGUUUUUAUUACACGCACCCGAAUCAGCCUAUCUAUUUGGGAACAAGCAAUUACACCAGUGCUAUUGGGAAAUUAGUGUAUUCAUUGUGCUACACCAUGCCUAAAGGCUUAUUAUUUAAUUUAAAUACAAUUAAAAAAACCUGUUGAAAUAUGCUUAUAAUAGAAAAGUACUUUAUGUCCUAUUAUUUGUGUCCUCAUUUCUAAAUUGGGUUGAAGGAUGCGGGUUUUAAAAAAAAAUACUUCAGCAGUCCUUUUUUUUCAGUAAUACAAAUUGUAAUUUAUUAUGCAGCAUAUAUAUUUAACACAAUCAAUGUAUAUUUAAUAACAAUAAUAAAUGUAUAUUUACAGUUCAUUGCGUUCUGUUAUUGAAAAGCCCCCAAUUGGAGGAAAAGAAAUUUUGCCAUUAACCACUCAUCAAUUAGCUGGAUUUCGAUUGCAUCCAGGCCCAGUAUGUUUUUGUAUAUUUUAUAAUUUAUACUAUACAUUUUACAUUAAUUUUGAAUGGCUCAGUGUUGGGUAGUAGACAAAAAAAAAAUAAAACAAAGAAUGAGUGUAGCAGAGAUAAGAAUGCUUAGAUUGAUGGAGUAAUAAGACAAAAUAGGAUAAGGAAUAAGUACAUAAGAGGUAACUUCAAUAGUAGACAAAAUAAGAGAAUAAACUGAGAUGAUUGGGGCAUGUCAUGAAAGUAGAGGAAUCAAAAACAGUAAGAAUUGUAAUGAAAAUAGAUGUAGGAGGAAAGAGACCGAAAAAGGUGGUUGGAUGCAAUUUAAAAUGAUAUAAGGGUAGCAGGUAUAUGUUACAAUGAUGUGGGGAUCAGAUGAAAGUUUAAGGACAAUGGUAGCCAACUCCAAAUAGUGGGAAAGAAGUAAAGGAGAAGAAUGUAUACAAUUAAAUUACUUUUCUAUUUUUUUUUUAUUGUCUUACUAAUUUAUAUGUUAUAUCAGUUACCAGAACAGUAUCGUUAUGCAAAUCAACCACCUACUAAAAAACAUAAAAAUAAACACAAAAAAAGCAAAUACAAAAGUGGAGAAGCCCUUUCACAAGAUAUGGCAGCUAAUGAAUUAGGAUUAGGUGAUAUUCAUGAAAAGAAACACAAGAAACAAAAACGUCAUGAUGAUGAUAAAGAACGGAAAAAACGAAAAAAAGAGAAAAAGAAGAAAAAACAGAAACACAGUCCAGAACAUCCAGGAAAUAUGACACCUGGACAACACUCAAACUGAUAUAAGAAUUUUUUCCUGAAUUAUAUUUUAUAAUCUAAAAUUUGUUUUCAUCAGUCAUUCACAAAUGUUGAUAAAAAUGUAAAUAGACAAUUGUCAAAUUAUUAGGAAUUUUGAACAAAGUAUGUACUUAUGUUUAACACAAACAUGUUGGUUACAAAAUUGUGAUGUGAAAGUUAAUUUUCUAUUCUUUGGUUGGGAUAGGUAAUUUUUGUUUUAAAUAAAU